CUCGGGGCGUUCUAACUUCCGGUGGGUUCUCGGCUUAGAUGCAACCAUGGCGCGCAAGAAGGUGAGGCCGCGACUGAUCGCGGAGCUGGCCCGCCGCGUGCGCGCUCUGCGCGAGCAGCGGGAGCGGCCUCGCGACUCGCAGCGCUACGCCCUGGACUACGAGACUCUGACGCGGCCGUACACUGGCAAGCGGCUCCCAGUGCGUGCCUGGGUCGACGUGCGUCGCGAGAGCCGCCUCCUGCAGCUGCUCAGCUGCCUGCCGCGCUUUGGCCUGGGACGCCUGGUCACGCGCAAGUCCUGGCUGUGGCAGCACGACGAGCCGUGCUACUGGCGCCUCACGCGCGUACGGCCAGACUACACGGCGCAGAACUUGGACCACGGGAAGGCCUGGGGCGUCCUGACCUUCAAAGGGAAGACGGAGAGCGAGGUUCGGGAGAUAGAGCAUACCAUGCACCACGACUGGCGGCUGGUGCCCAAGCACGAGGAGGAAACCUUCACAAUAUUCACGCCGGGACCCGAAGACGACCUGCGCCCUGUGCCCUACCCGCCGUUGCUCCGUGCCAUGAUCCUUGCAGAGCGGCAGAAAAAUGGGGAUUCUAGCGUCGAGGAACCCCUGCUGAGCCUAGAGAAGACGCCCACGGAUCCUUGGGACUACCCUGCGAAACUGGAGGCCAAGAGCAAGGCCAAGGGCACUCCGGUCUGACGCGCGGGGACCGGGAUGGACGCUGAAGGCCUUGCCUUUUGAUGGGGAAGGUUGGGGUGGCCCUGCCGCCCUGAUACGAGGACCCGAGUACGGGCUCCCGCUGGUGGGCUGCAGGACGCAGCGGGCUGGAAGUCACCCCAAAGAACCCCUUAUCCGCUCCUGCGGCCGGGAAUAAACGCUCCAAAUGGUC